AUGGCCGCAAACUUUGACAUUUCCGAAGAAGACAUUUUGAGUUUCUGCAGAGUCACCAACGCCAGCGCCUCAGUUGCAAGAACAUACUUGACGGUAUCAGAUGGGGCUGUCGAGCCAGCCAUAACACUUUUUCUAGAAAGUGGUGGAGUCGAUCUAUCACCCUUGGUCUCCCAGCAGCACUCGUCAAAUAAUGUUGAGUCUGAAAUUGAACGUGAUGCUGCACUUGCCAGACAGUUGGCUGAAGAGAGCGACCGUGUCGACGAUGCUGCACUCGCGAGACAGUUAGCUGAAGAGCCUGUCGGUGAGAAUUAUGUACGUGCCCCUAUUGCGCCAGUACGCGAAGUUUUAGUUGGUGAAUCGGAUGCUGAUGAAAGUAUAGCGGAUGCUUUCUUUCGUAGUCGUAGAUUACACCAUCGUUUUCCUACACGUAGAACGGAUUUUGAUGAGUUUCAUAGGGAAGCUGAUGCUUCAAGCUCCGAUCUAUCCCCUUUUGCUACUUUAUUCAAACCUCCACUUGAUAUUAUGCACAAAGAAGAUUUCGAAAAGGUAUUGAAGCUUAAUGCUACCCGAAACGAGAAUAAAUGGUUGAUGGUCAACAUCCAAGACAAUACCGAGUUUGCUUGUAUGGAGCUGAAUCGCGAUCUAUGGAGUGAUGAUACUGUCAAAGAUGUGAUCAGAGCUGAUUUCUACUUUUUACAAUUCACGAGUGAUCAUCCUGAGGGCCGAAGAUACAUUUCCUACUAUUCUAUUGAAAACUAUCCACACAUUGCUAUAAUUGAUCCAAGAACUGGUGAACGAUUAAAAGUCUGGAACAAGCUAAUGAAUUUAACGGAGUUCAUAAUGUCUGUCACAGACUUUUUAGAACGAUACUCUUUGUCAGAUCUAUCAGCAAGACUAAAAAAGAAAGAGAAUAUUCGUGAAACUAAAGUAACAAUUUUCUUUGAUAUGACAGAAGAAGAGCAAUUGAAUGCAGCCAUGCAAAAAUCAUUGGAUUAUAGACCUUCAAUAUCCAAUAACGGUGAUGCAGAAGAAACACCAUUAAUCACCGAGACUGAGUCAACGCAUGAACCUCCGGGCACCACCAAUGUGUUUGAUACCAUUAAACCUGUACAACGAGAAGAACCAGCAGUUGGUGAAGCUGAUGUGACUCGAAUCCAGUUCCGUCUUCCAGACAGCUCAAGAAAAGUACGUCGGUUCCGCAAAUCAGACCCCAUACAAUAUUUAUUUGAGUAUAUAAAAUCAGAGUGUGUGCCAGAUCAGCAUUUUGAGCUUGUAUUUAACCGGCAGCAACUGAUUGAGAGAAUUGAUCAAACCAUACAAGAAGUUGGGUUAGAGAAUGCUUCAAUUAGCAUUGGCUUGUAA